AUGGUUGAAACUAGUGAAUCCAAUUCGUUUUCAAUGUCUACCAACGUGACUGGGAUACCAAACCCUAAUGUCCAGAUCAUACAAGAUGGUAAAAUUGUGAAAAAAGUUCAACGAACCAGACAACGUAAGAUUUUAUCAUGUGUCUAUUGCCAUUCGAAAAAGAUCAAAUGUGAUCGGCAAGAGCCAUGUUCUCAAUGUACCAAGUUAGACAUUGAAUGCAAGUACUUUAUUAAUGAAAGAAUUAGUCGUGGUGGUAAAAAAUCUAGCAGAUUAACUGCCGAUGAGAAGAAGUUGAGAGGAUUGACGAGUUCCGCCGAAGAAAGCAAGAAAGGGCAACUGAAAUCUGAUGAAGCAACAAAGAGCCAAGAUACACAGUCCCUGCUAUCUUCUUGUCCUACAAACUCCUCAACUACAACAGUAACCAAUCCAUUAGCUACAUCCUCAAGUUUAGAAACAAAUAUAGAAGAAGUCGAGCAAAAACACUUUGUCACUGUUUCUGAUAACAAGAAUUUUAUUGAAAAUUCUAACCAGACUCAACGUGAACAACUUGGUAUUGAUGAUGGGGCAUUUAAACCACUGGGAUUGGAUAUGUCAGCAAGUAUAUUGACAUUCCCGAAUAAAUCUGAAACAAAUUCUAACUUGAACAGCCUUAGAGGUUUUACAACAACUUUGGAAUCACCAUUUUCUGGUGCUGAUCCAUUCGCAAUGGGAAGUUUAAUUCAAUCUCCUAUGGUAAAUCAAGCCACAAACAAUAUGACAAAUAGUUAUUUCAAUCACAAUUUCACAACACAGACAAAUAAUCAAAUCAGUUUCAACUCAAGCUCGUUUCCAUUGGCAAAUCAAGAUGUAUCGAUCACAUUCCCAAGUCAUGUAAAUUCACCUACUAUGACCUUUUCUGAAAGAUUACAACAACAACAACAACAACAACAACAACAACUGCAACAACCACAACCACGACAACAGACACCACAUCGACCAGAAUCAGAUUCAUUAAUGAAAACUCAAACGCAGAACUCAUCCUUGUACCAUUCAUUUAAUGAAUAUCGUGUCAAUACUGCUACUUCAAUUAACUAUUUGUAUGGAACAAAUACCUAUGGUGAGAAUUCAAAUAUACUUAAUGAUAUUAUGGAAUACUUGCCAACGGGAAAAGAUCGUUCUUUUGAAUUGAUGGAUAGAUAUAUCAAUUCAGUACACCUAUUGUUGCCAAUAGUGGUUAAUAUGAACGAAUUUUUAGCCCAACAUAAAUUAUAUUGGGAGAUAAAGUCAAAGAGAGAUUCUUCUUCAUCAGAUGCAGAUGCAAAUAACCCUCACGUUGAAUCUUAUCGAUAA